AUGUCAGACUCGAAGAAUUUAGCCAAAACUGGUUGGAAGAUUUUAGCUUUUGGUCGCGGUCAACACCUUGCUGAUAAAGCCAAAGUCUAUUUAGACUCACUCGGUUAUCAAACCACAGUAUUGAGUCUCGCCGAUGAUCCCGAGUCGGAUCAGAAGCUUAUUGAUGCACUGAAAAAAGACCAGUUCGACGCAGUUUCGGUUGGAGGAGGAAUCAACGGCUAUGAUAAAAGUUAUAAUCCUGACUUCAACCAACUCAUGUGGUUUAAUCGAUUAGUAAAUAUAAUCCACGAAAAUUCGCCAAAAUCAACAAAACUUAUUUUUGUCACAAGCCCAGAUGAUAUUGAUGCCGGCGUUAGACGCAUACUUGGGGAGAAAAACGCACUAAGUACCAAUUAA